AAUUAGGCCACGCUUUAACAUAUUAAGCGAGAUUUCGCUAGGGGACAAUAUUGUGUCACGUUUUAAAAUAACGCCAAUCCUUAAUAUUGUAUAGUAAUUAAACUUGUUUAAUACGAACCCGCCAACUAUAUUUACCAUCCUUUGAGUCUGGACAACUUUUCUGUUUCAUUUUUUUCAUCCUCGAGUUGCUUGUCCUCGGUUCGGGGACGUCACGCGGGUGCUCUACAUUCUUAGCGCAAGUGAUACGAGAGAGAACAAGGGAGAGAGACAGAGCGAGAAAGAACGCUACCUAUACUGAGUGAUUCGUUGGAGAACAGAGCAAGAGAAACGCGCAAGGAAUUUGUAAUCAAAUGGAAGUUUUAUAUCAUAGAAUAAAAAGAUGAUAGUGGUACCGUCACUCGUGAAACAUUGCCCCAAGUAGGAUAUCUGGACUUUUUCCACGCAUUGGAUAACCAAAACUGCCCUAAGGGAAAACGGUUGUCUACCGUUUUACUGGGGGUGAAGACCUGUGCCUCACACAGAGAGAUACAACCUGGAAUCUGCUGAUGUGCUGAAAAACAAAGCCAAAGAAAAGUCAGCCAACUGAUCGUCGGAGAAGACGUGGAGGAGCUAUCACUCAUAUUAACUGUGUCCAGGCCUCUGGACAGAUAGAGGCACUCAGAGAAACAGAGAAACACGCUGUCUGACUACAGCCACAUAUGUAUCUGGUUAUCCUGUUAUGAUAUACCAUGACUGAAUCUGUCUGACACUGUAAGUUACCAACGGACUUACGGGUGUAAUCUAUGUGUACGCAAUUUCACAAAGGCACGCACAGCAAGCAGUUCCAUCGGCAGAGUUCGAGUGGACACUCUCAUUGUUUGAAUGAAGAAGGACACAUGGCAUCGGUCUCACUAAGAGGAGAGCGAUCGACGAACACGUCCUGAACCGUGACGGAUGCGCCUCUGCGUUCGACGGCGUAAGAGCAGGGACGAUUCAGACGGGCAACGCCGGAGCUAGAUGAGCGACUGCAGAUAGCGGGCUCUGGAUCCACUGUUGGCGAGCUAGCGCGGGCAGAGCGUCUGGGGGCGGGGGUGUAGCACCAUGAACCCCAGACAGAGCGGAGGAGGAGUGGAGGUCAUGAAAACCCAGCCGGGAGGCCCGGAGCUAGGGGAGGAGGGGGACAAGGCCUUGGCCUAUGACUGUGGUGUGUGCGGCCGCAGCUUCCCCUUCCAGAGCUCCCUGUCGCAGCACAUGAGGAGACACACCGGCGCACGCCCUUACAAGUGCCCCUACUGCGACCACCGCGCUUCACAGAAGGGCAACCUCAAGGUCCACAUCCGGAGUCACAAGCUGGGCACGCUCACUAGCCACCACCCCGAGGCGGAGGAGGAGGAGGAGGGGCCAGAGGAGGAAGGGGUGGGCUCGGGCGAAGUGGGCGUGUCGGAGGGCCUGGAUGGAGGAACUAGCCCGACAAAGAGCAGCUCGGCGUGCAACGGGGUCGUCGAAGGGGGAGCCGGCUUGGGGGAUGGCAGCGCGGGGAAGACGGGGGCGCGGGGCGCCAAACGGGAGAAGACGAGCCCGGAGCUGCGGCCGUACCGCUGCCGUCUGUGUGGGUACGAGACCCAGCGCGAGGACCAGCUCCUCAGUCACAUCGAGAAGGUCCACAUCACCGCCGACGCGGAGGACGAGCCGGGGAGCCGGGAGGCGGGGUCGACAGAGGGGGACGCGGGGAGUCAGGACCCGGACGGAGCCUUCCCCUGCGGGACGUGCGGUCAAGCCUUCACCCAGGCCUGGUUCCUCAAGUCCCACAUGAAGAAACACGCUGGCCUCCUGGAGCACUGCUGUCGCGUGUGCGGCCGUCGCUUCAGGGAAGCCUGGUUCCUCAAGAGCCACAUGAAGACCCACAGCGGCCCCAAGUCCUCCAGCCGGGCCAAGCCCAAGUCUGACUCCCAAGAGUCCCCGGCCACCAUCAACGACGUGGCCCAAGACCCAGAGACCAAUGCGACGUCAUUGAACCCCUACCAGCUCUGCUCAAAGUGUGGAAACCUCUUCCACGACCGAGAGAGCCUCAGGGCCCACGAGAUAGUCCACAGCCAGUCAAGGCAGCAGCAGAAUCAGAAGAGACCCGGCGACGACCCCGUCUCCCCCCCUGCCAAAUGGCGCCUCCUGGACUACCUCAGCCUCCGCCCCGCCGGAGAAGAGCCUCCCCGGGAGGAGGUGCGCUUGGGCAUGAGGAUCCCUGAACUAGACCCGGUGUGCAGCCACCAGGCCUGGCAGCUGGUCACACGAGGACGGGUUCUGGAGGCCACAGUGGGUGGAGGAGGGGAGGAGCCCCUGGUCGACGGCAACGUGGUCUACGAGAAGGAGAGCAGCCGCUACGUCCUGGAGGGCCAGGAGAGGGAGAGGCGCUCAGGGAGGCGCGUCAGCUGCAGCCACCACACUCCCCCCGGAGAACGCACCCCUGAGAGCCUGAGCGACUCAGAGUACCGCCCGUCCUCCCGCCAGGGUCGACGUUCCUCCUCGUCCCAGCAGAGCAGGUCCGCCGAGUGCUUCGAGUGCGGGAAGGUGUUCCGCAGCCGCCACCAGAUGGUGGUCCACCAGCGGGUCCACCAGAGGCGGGAUGGGGGCCGGGGGUCUGGGUCUGGCGGGGACAACAGGGCAGGUCGAGGAGGGGACCGCUGGGGCUCUACCAGUGACCCGGAGUCUGGGCCCCCCAGCAGGCCUAGCACCCCGGGGUACGGGGACUCCCCGCCGGCUUCUACCCUAGGAGAGGUGGCCUCCGAGGUGGGCGCCUCCAGUGCAGGCCCCCUGCCAGAUGAAAAACCCUACAUCUGCAGCCUUUGUGACUUUGUCAGCGCCGAGUCUUCAGCCUUCCUGUCCCACCUCCGUCUCCAGCACACCAGUGACGGCCGACCCAACCCCUCCCCCAGCCCCACCCCUAGCCCCGCCCCCAGCUCCGAAGCCCCCAGUGGCUUCCCCAAGCUAAAGAAGGCCCUUCUCCACGGGCUUCCCCAAACCUCUGCCCCCCACCCUUACCUAUCAGCCCGGCCGCCAAGAGAAAAACGUCCCUCCGAGAGCUGCUCGCCCACCGACCCCCACCGCGCCGUCCCUCUGGACCUGUGCGUUAGGGCCGAGGGCCUCAGGGGCCCGGCCUCCGCGGCUCCUCAGCAGAAGUCGCUGGCCAGCCACAAGUGCUCCUACUGUUCCCACACCACCCGUUACCCGGAGGUGUUGUGGAUGCACCAGGCGAUCGCCCACCGCAUCAACAGCAGCACCCUGGCCCCCAAAUGGGCCCUCCUGAGGAACGGCUUGAAGGGCCACCGCGAGGGCUCUUCCACCAAGAGACGCACAGGGCCUCCGCCCUCCCUGGAUGGGAAGGAGUGUCCCCCGUUAGCCCCUGUGGCACGCACCCCCCGAACGCGGCCCCCCACGUGGAAGAAAGACGGCGGGGACAGGGCGGCCGGCCAACCCUGCACCUCGUCCUCCUCAAGGGCGUUGUCCUCCUCCUUGUCGGGCCCACAGAGUGGCAGGCCUCCCCGUCCAGGCAGCGUCAGGCCGAGAGGAAAAGCCGAGGAGAACCGCGCCCAGGGUUCCCGUUCCAACUCCAGGCCCAGGGUGGAGAUUUACCCGCGAGGGGGUUCCUCAACUGGCUCACUGGAGAAGAGCACCGCGGCCAGGGCACCGCGGCGUUCCUCAGCCCCCGGCCACGCCAUCGGAGGGACCAGGUACGUUCUGCCUCAGGAGGGCCUGGGCUUCAUGCUAGCCAGCAAACACAGCCUCGCCGAGUACAGCCAAGCCAAGAGCUCCCCGCCGCCAAAGACCAGCGUCCCCCAGUCCCAGCCUCGCAUCCAGCCUCCGGCCAAAUCCGGGGCCGAGCGCUCUGCCCACAGCGAUGACACAGCGUCGGCUCAGGCCCGGAGAGCCUCUCCCUCGCAGCCGUCCAGAGGAGCCAACCAGGUGACGUCCACGUCGUCUCCCUCAUCAUCGGGCCACCGUGGCGAGGUGAAACAGCAGGAGGCGCGAGCCGCCGAGGCCACAGAGGCGCCCAUGGACAUCCUGAGCUUCUUGAAGAACUGCAACACCCAUGACCUGGCCACCCUCUACCACCGCUGGGGGGCCACCAACCCCCUGCUGGACCCCACAGGGGUGCUGAGGUCUCUGGUUCGACAAGGAGAAUACAUCUGCCAAGAAUGUGGGAAGAACUUCAGCCAGCCCAGCCACCUCCGUAUACACAUGAGAUCCCACACGGUGGUGUUUGAUUAUAACGGAGUCCAAGGUCCUGAUGCUCAAACCACCUCCUCGGAAGCUCCCAAACAAGGGAGAGACCAUUCUGCUUCUGCCUCUGCCCGUACGGAGCCUAUCAGAAAGGGGACCUAAAGACCCACGUCCAGAGCAUCCACCAUGUGCCCUUUUGACGACGGCCAGUAACCUGAUGACAGGCCACCGAGAAUGGGCCGAGAGGAGGAAGAGGAGGAGGGGGGUCUGGUCGUCUACCACCGUCAACCCAGCACGACUGUCCCCGGUCCUGGAUGAAAACAGAGACCCAACUCUCCCCCGCCACCGAAUUCCUUCCACAUUCCCAAACCCUCCCCAAAGAUGUCUGAGGGGCCCUAAUCCUGUGUCAGUGUGACAGCGAGGUCAACUCACCCCUAUUCCCUUGAAUUCACUUUAUUGACCUCUAGGGCUUUUAGAAUAACAAUUUCCCAGGAUUAUUUGAAAUGUGUAUAUAAAAAAAAGAGAAUUAAAUGGAUUUUGAGGAGAAAAAUCGGGACACUGUUCAACCAACUGAUGUUUUUUUUUUCUCUGGCAAGAGCGGCAUAGUGACAUAUUCACAGCAUUCAGUUUUACCCAGUUGUUUUUGGUAGUUUAUUUAGGGGGUGAUUGAAUGGGUUUGUACAUUCCUCAGGACGCUAGUUCCAUAAAAAAAACACAGGAUGGACGAAACAGGACCGGGCAGCCACUCUCUGCAGGACAUGAUUUUCAGCUUACUACACACAACUCAUCCCCACAACUGAAGCAAAUGUGACUGAAACUGUGUGCGUGUGUGUGCAUUUGUUUGUGUGUGUUUGUUUGUGCACUCAACAAAAGGAUUCCUUAAGGGUUCCUCUGCAACAGAAGUGCCUGGUUGAAACUUUUGGCUCCAGGUAGAUGACUGGCUUUGUCUGCACAUUGUGUCAAGUUGUGACUGCACAGGCGUGUCUUUUCUAACCUGUACCACUGAGUCUGGUGUGAGUGGCAUGAGUGAAGUGUCCACUCCUCUGCCUGACUCCAAGUCUGUUUGGCCGGCCAUUAAAACCAGAGGAGGGAGAGAAAUGGAAGGGGCUAAUGGUCGUGGUUAGAGUAGGUGCCCUCUUUACUGCUCAUUAAAAAGAUUGUGCGUUUUUAAUGGGGGGGCAUUAACGAGCGUGCGGUUUUAACGACCAUUCAAUUACUGUCCAUUUAACGGGACGGUGGGGGUGGGGCCUUUUCUGAUCCGUCUGAUCUGAGCGCAGUUCUCCAACGACACCCACACCUCCGACCUCAAAUUAGACCACUUAGAGAUCCUCCCAGCGUGUGGAAAUUGUUCCGGCUGGUGCAGGUUCACCCCCAUACUACUCUAUUUGCAUGGGAGCGCGUUUCUCAAAGCUAUUCCUCCUAAAAGCUAGUCCGCACAACAGCAGCCUUUUGGUUUGUUUUUAGGUAGGUUUGAAGCCAUGUGAACCCCCUGUGAAAUUACAUUUCUCAUGUGGAUAGCACGAAGCGGAGAGAGAAGUCAGAGAUAGAGAGAGAGAGAGAGAGGAUUAAUUUAGGCCAUGAGGAUGGUGAGAAGUGGAGACAUUUCGAGAGGUCAGGCUUUCGGGAAUCGCAUAUGAAUCUGCUGUUUUGUUUUCGGGUUCUUGCGGAGCCAUCGCUGCUUUGCGUGUGCGCCGCUUAGGGCUUAUGUGUGUAUAUUUGUGUUUCACCCCUUCCUAUUUACUUCUACCUGUAUAUUAGUCCCUGUAGGUGCUUCCCAUACUACCUCCUUUUGCAAUAAGGUUUUUUUGAUUUUUGGAUGGCCUGGUGUGAAGUGUACUCCAAAGCCAUUCUUGUUUACUGUAUGAAUUCUAAAAGGGUUUCUGUAAUGAAACCCUCAUGAAAUGUCUCCUGGGUUCAUAGUCGUAUCAUGCCUAUGUUGAAUAAGGUUGCGAAAAUAAGUCCCUGAGUUCCAUUCAUUAGAACCAGAACUAUCUGAAACGGAAAAAAAAAAAAUGUGUGUCCAGAUGGGCCUUCCAGGUGGGCCUUCCAGAUGGGCCUUCCCGUUUCAGUCAGCUUACCUCCGUUUGCUACCUAAUGAACACAACCCAGGUAAGGUGAUGCUUUCUAAUAAGUAAUUGCUGUUUUGGUGCACGGACAGUGUUCAUUCAGGAAGGCAGACAAUGUCAGUCUGUAUUUUUAUGAGAAUGGCCAUGUCAAUCCUGUCGCACAGUAAAUGACAAAUGUCACAGUGAAUAAGGUAGUAGUGAGAAAGACUGUGAGUCAUUACCUGUUCAGAAUAUCUAGCAGGGUAGGGGGGGUUAAAGAUGAAUUUAUUGGCAUGGUAUAUAAUAUUGUACAUAGCGUCUAUUUUAAGAGCUCAGUAGUAGUUUUCCAAGACGUGUAGAUGAAACUAUUUCUGUAUCAGUUGGAUGUUAUGGCUGAUGGAAUAUACAUACAAUCAAGUGAGCUUAAAUAUCUGAAGCCUCGCAUACCGUAUGUGUACAUUGAAGAUGAGCAUAGUCGAAUACUUGAAACGGAUAAUAUAGCCUACCAAGUAGUGUGCCCUUAAUUAUUAGUGCCCUUAAUACCAAUGUUGUACAGAAUUCCCUUUAACAUUAACUCCUAGAAAAAUAUGAAUUUGUAUUCCUAAGUGUGACUUAGCAAAUAUGAACAGACCAAGCAGUAGUGCGAGAGCAGUGGGAUUCGACAUUGUUUCCGAAUGUGUGUGUGUGUGUGUGUUUCAAUCCUACCAAACCCUUUAUUACAGCGUUAGAAACCAAAAGGCAUUGCCAGUGCUCUUAGUCUAGGUUACUGCUUUAACACUUCAUCCUUUUCAUUUAGUCAUUGGUGAAGGUGGUCCAGUUUAAAGUCACCUCUGGUAACUGCUUUUAUUCCAUUGUUAUAGACAUUGUCAUGUUUUUUUCAUUAAAUCUAAUUUGCUAUGUGUUUUUGUUGAACAUUUGGUUUGUAUUACACGGCUUAGAUCGGUUUUCCCAUGAAGGGUGUGUUUAGUAAAUAUUUUAAAGUGUUAUUAGUACAUCUUUGCUAAAUAUUAGGAUUUGUCCCGUAAAUAGUUACCCCCCCCCCCCCCAAGAACUUGGCGGGUGUUAAUCUUUCAAUUGGUUGGGUUUUUAACAAUGCCUCUUAAGUUGUUUAUGUUUCUGUUUGCUUUUAAUUAGUAAUGAAGUCCAUUGCCCUGGUCCCUUAGAUGAUAUUAUUGGAAAUGUAUUUGGUUGAUAUCUGUAUUUAUUAUCAUUUACAAUGUUCAGAGCAGAAGUAAACAAGACUUAUUUUAUUUCAUUUAUUGCUGUUUUGUUUUUCUACUCUGAAGCUUUCAAGCCGCCACCAACGAGAGCGCUCUACUUUGUCUGAGGCCUUCUCAGUUCUGUCACAGUUUGGUACAACGAAAAUGUCACGUCAUCACGUUCACAUUAAAAAAACCACCAAUAUGGCACCUGUUGA